AUGACGACGGUGACGUCCGGGUUCGCGUGGAAGACCUCCGAGUGGGCCCUCACCCCCGACACGUUCGAUGUCACGCACGACGACGCGGUCGUGACGUGCGGUCCCGCGGUCCCCGCGCGCGGAGGCUACCGCGCGGACGCCGUCGACGAUCGCUCCACGCCCACGGACAGCGACGACGGGAGCCUCGGCAGCAGGAGCGGAUGCGCGAGCGUCAGCGGCGACUCGGCAUCGGGACGGCAGGGGAAGGCCGCGAAGUCGAAGCGCCCCGCGAGCAGCCCGAGGCCGCCUCGGUUGUGCGACGCGGAAGGGUGCCAAGCGCGCGUGUUGAAUCGCACCCAAGGCGAGAUCGUGCUCUGCCCGUUGCAUCGACGCGACACGUCCGGGGUCGUCGUCGCCGCGAGCGCGUCCCCAGUGCGCUGGUGCUGCUUCUGCAAAAAAGUGCACGAGCUUCACAUGUUCGCGAACAGCAUCAUCGGCGAGUCGCGUAAGCUCUCGACGUGCGAGCGAGGCGUGCGAAGAGGGCCGUCGUUCAAGGGCCGGGUCAAGUCGAAAUCGCAGUCGCCCCCCGCGAGCGCGAGCGCGAUGUCCGGACCGGGCGGCGUCGCGAAGGCGAUCGUCAAGAAAGCGGCGUCGAACAUCCGCGCGGCGAAGAAGUCGUCGUCCGUCAAGUCGUGCCUCUCCCUGAGCGCGGAGGAGCACCUCUCCGUGAACGAGGGCCGCUGGGUGCCGUCCACGAGCGGCGUGAAGAUGGAGUUCUCCGUGGACGCGCACCCGAUCAACGCGGCGAAGAUGCCGGUGUGGUCGUUCGUGCAGAACACGAUGAAGAGCACGUUCGGGAACGAAAGCGUCGCCGACGUCGUGACCGACGACGGAGAAGCGUUCGGCGGGAGCGAGCCUCAACACUCCGGGGACAGGAGCUUCGACUCCCUCAGCGUGAACGACGCGAGGAGCACGCGGAGUCUGUUGGGGUUCGACAACGACGCCGUCCCGAGCUGGUUCUCCGGCGGCGCCGCCGCGACCGAGGGGCGGUCGAUCAACCACGAUGAUUUCGAUAACCUCCUCGCGAACGUGACGUGCGAUAUGCUCCCCGGGAGCACGCGUUUGGUGAUGUCCGUGGACGCGCCUAUUCGCGAUCUCGGCGGGUUCGCGCGCGAGGCGCCGUCCGCGGCGGACGUCGCGACGUCGCUGCCGCGCGACGGCGUCAUAGGGUCGUCCAUCGUCACCGUCAGCGCGCAGUGCGCGGGGCAGAUCGGAGUGGGGUGGAAGGAAAACGACGACCAGUACGAGGUCCCAGGCGGGGACACGAUCACGAUGGACACGAGCACGCUCACGCCGCUGUCGCGCGGGACGAAGCCGAUGACUUUGAUCCCGCGCAGGGUGAAAGUUUCCCCGAUCGUGCGACUCGGCGAGCCUCUGUACGUCGAAGGGCUGCACGGGAACGAUCGCGUGCACGUGUUCGGGCAAGGCUUAGCGCCGCUUUCGAUCGUCGUCCCGCAGAACUGCGGCGAAGGGCGGUUGCGGAUCGAUAUUCCCGUGGACGAGGUGGAUUGCGGCGCCGGGUUCGUGUCCGUCCAAGUGUUGAAGCCCGGGCGCUCCGCGUCCGGUUCGGAAUUCAUUCGCGUGCUCAUCGUCGACGACGACGACGUCGCGGACGAGCUCGACGCGCUGCAGAGAGGCACCGGCGCCAGCUCGGACGCGUUCGAAUCGAUCCUCGAGCCGAUCGAGUGCUUCUACGACUCGUCGUCGUUUGAGUUGUUCCUCGCGGAUUUCGGGUGGCUCCUCGGCGCGCGUCACCGGCGGCAGUUGUACACCCCGUCCGCGCGCGCGACGACGAGGAAUAUCGCGAGCUUGUUGACCUCGAUGGUCCACGCGUCGCACAUCCCCGCGAUCUCCGCGCUCUUGCGCGACGUCCUCGACGAGAUAGACGAUCAAGAGGAGCACGAGAAGGCGGUGAAACGCGAGACAAAACGCGCGGCGGAACGAUGCCGCGACAACGCCCCGGUGUUCUCGGACGACGAGCCUCUGCCGAUGGACGCGAGGACGGGGGUCUACGUGCACAUCACGAGCUCGAAGAUUGUCUGGACCGUCGUCCCCCUGUUCGCGGCGAGGUGCUUCCAGAACAGAUCAGGGUGGGACGUCACCCCGGGAACUGUGUUCGCCGCGCAGUUCCCUUCGCUCGUGAUCGCGACGAUGUUCCUCGCGGCGGAAUACUCCCCGUCGUGGUACGACGCGAUGACACGUUGGAGCCGUGAAACGAGGGUAUUUGUUGGUCGGCUGCAGGUGUUCAUGCUCAUGCUGGGUAACUGUCUGAUCGGCGCCUCGGGCGGCGAACUCGGGUGCGCGGAAUUGCACAAGUACUACCUCUUCACCAUCCUUCACGCCGUGAACGUGACCGUCCUGUCGGUCACUCACGCGGAGAACGCGCCCAUGUCCGCGAUCCGGGUCGAUAUCGCCGCGCUGGUGUUCCUGCAUCACGCGUUAGUAUACGCGAUUCACUGGGCGAGUUACGGCGGGCGUUUCGUCGAUCUCCCGCUCCCGGCGGGGUCGCACGUCUACUUCGCCUUGAGCACGUUGUGCGUGUACGCGUGCGCGACGUUCGCGCGGGCGUACUACCGCCGCCACCUGCGGAGCGUGCGCAUGAUUCGCCUCGGUUCGAAGAGCAAGAAAAUCGAAUGAGGGAGUUAGUAUCAUUAUUCAACGCCUCUAGCCAAAAUUUGCUACGGUCGGGUGUCGAUAAAUACACUCGAUGAAAACC